AUCAUUUUCCAGUUGAUACAAUUCAGGAAAAUUAUGUUCGUAAUGUGAGAAACUGCAUUUUUUCAAUUGCCUAUCCUACACCAUUUAAAUCUAGAGUUCGUCUUGGAGCUGUUUCAAAGGAAGUUCUUGAAAAUAUUUUAGAUCUUGAUAUAUCUGUCAAAGAAACAUCUGAUUUUCUUCAGUUCAUCAGCGGUGGGAAGGUGAUACUUGGGUCUGUUCCAUUGGCCCAUAGGUAUGGGGGCCAUCAGUUUGGUAGCUGGGCAGGUCAGCUGGGUGAUGGAAGAGCCCAUUUGAUUGGAGUAUAUACAAACAGGCAUGGUGAGAAGUGGGAACUGCAGUUAAAAGGGUCAGGAAAGACCCCGUACUCCAGGAGUGGUGAUGGAAGAGCUGUGCUUCGCUCUUCUGUGCGAGAAUUUUUGUGUAGUGAGGCCAUGCACUAUCUUGGAAUACCUACAAGCAGAGCUGCUAGCUUAGUUGUAAGUGAUGAUGAUGUAUGGAGAGACCAGUUUUACAAUGGAAAUGUUAAGAAAGAAAGAGGUGCAGUGGUGCUACGUCUGGCCAAAUCCUGGUUUCGUAUAGGAUCCUUAGAAAUCUUGGCUCAUUCGGGAGAACUGGACUUAGAAAAAAAAUUGCUCGACUUUAUCAUCCAGGAGCAUUUUCCAUCAGUAGCCAUGAAUGAUUCAGAUAGAUAUCUGGAGUUUUUCUCUACAGUCACAGCAGAGACUGCAAAUUUGAUUGCAUUGUGGAUGUCUGUGGGGUUUGCACACGGUGUGUGCAAUACAGAUAAUUUCAGUUUAUUAUCCAUAACAAUAGAUUACGGUCCAUUUGGAUUUAUGGACUCCUAUGACCCAAAUUUUGUUCCAAACACAUCUGAUGAUGAAGGGAGGUAUAAAAUAGGAAACCAGGCAAAUGUGGGGCUCUUUAAUCUGAGCAAGCUGUUGCAGGCUCUAAAACCUUUAUUGGAUCCCAGGCAAAAGCAGCUAGCAUCCCAGAUUUUGGAGGGCUACGGUGAGCACUAUUACAGCCGUUUCACAGAAUUAUUUAAAACAAAAUUGGGUCUUCUUGGGGAGGAUGAGGAUGAUAACUAUUUGAUUGCUUUCCUCCUAAGACUUAUGGAAGAUACAAAGGCUGAUUUUACAAUGACAUUUCGACAGCUCAGUGAAACUACUGAAGACCAGUUAAAGGAGCUCCAUAUUCCUGAGGACUUCUGGGCUCUCCAGGAUCUGAGCAAACACAAGUUAUUUUCCAGAUGGGUUACUAUGUACCUCUUGAGAUUAAAUCGUAACAAGGGUGAUUCAGACACCAAGAGAAGAAAAAGAAUGACAGCUGUUAAUCCUAGAUAUAUACUUAGGAAUUGGAUGGCAGAAUCAGCAGUGCAAAAAGCUAAUCUGAAUGAUUUCUCAGAGGUUCGUCUCCUUCAGCAGAUUUUACAACAUCCCUUCCAGAAGCAACAGGCUGCAGAGAAAGCAGGUUACUCCCUGCGCCCCCCAGCCUGGGCCAAGGAUCUUAAAGUAAGCUGUUCAUCCUGA